GAAUGGCCUGCCAGGCCGGCAACCACGUGACACGUCAGCACCUGCUCCCAGAAAUCAGGCUUCACUCGGCUACUGACGCUCAUCGAUGCGCGAGUUCGUGCAGGGCUCCUCCAAAGACCUAGAGCGACCGCCAAGGAGCAAGCCCGGCCAAAGGACAACAGGCGGACGAAGGGAGCGGGAAGAAGUGGGCGAUAUACUCCGAAGUGGAUUGGCAGGAGGAAUUGCAGGUUGUGUCGCCAAGACCUCUGUCGCCCCGCUCGAUAGAGUCAAGAUCCUCUUCCAAACACAAGAGCCCGCAUUUGCGCAGUAUGCAGGUUCCUUCUCUGGCUUGUUCCGGGCUUCCUCUCUCAUCUACAAAGAGACGGGCGUGAGGGGACUUUUGCAGGGACACUCGGCUACGCUCUUGCGGAUCUUUCCUUAUGCUGCCAUCAAGUUUAUGGCCUAUGACGAAGCACAUCGCAUACUGAUGCCCACAAAGGACAAGGAGAGCUCGAUGAGACUCUUCCUUGCGGGUUCGAUAGCAGGCGUGACCUCUGUCUUUCUCACCUACCCGCUCGAACUCAUCCGAGUCAGGCUGGCAUUCGACGUGAGACACACGACAUCUGAACGACCGCGAUUCCUGCCCGUCGUUCGGCGUAUCUAUUCAGAGGGCAAACCACUGUCGACUGCUACCAUCCCACCCAACAGCGCAUUCAGCAAGAUACCCCUACUGAAGUUCUACAGAGGAUUCACGGUCUCCAUCGUCGGCAUGGUGCCUUAUGCAGGGACGUCUUUCGCCGUAUGGGGAUUAUUACGAAAAUCGUUGCCCACAUAUUUCGAUCGGUCAACAAUAGAAGAGCAUAGAACGCUGCUCGAUCUGGCCUGCGGAGCCAUUGCGGGCGCUACCUCUCAGACGACUUCGUAUCCUUUCGAAGUCGUCAGACGGAGGAUGCAAAUCGGAGGACUCCUUCGACCUGAUAGGCUGGUAGGAUUCUGGGAGGCGGCGCAAGCUAUCCAGACAAAGUCAGGUUGGCGAGGGUUCUUCGUCGGCCUGUCGAUCGGUUACAUCAAAGUGGUCCCCAUGACGGCAAUAUCCUACUCGACCUGGGAAGGCUGCAAGAGAUUCCUGGGCGUGAAAGCAUAGAUGUUCACAAGAAGUCCAAAUGCAGGCAUGCAAUAUCGCACGU